CAAGCAUAAGCUGUUUUUGAUUUUUUUUAAAUGUGGUGUUUGUUAUGGUUUAAGUAAUUGAUGUUUUGCUAACGUUUUGUGGUGAACGAAGAGCAACUAGAAUUCUGGUCUUGAUAAAAAUUUUUUUCAAAACUCAAACAGAAUGGCUGAGGCGGAAAGAAUAAUUUAUCCUCCAGGAGUGCGAGAUUUGUCGGAAGACAUAUCCACAGAUGAUUUAGUUCGAAGAUUAAAGGAUUGUGCUCAAGCCUUUCAAAAUAUGAGCCAGGAUGAUGACAAUGCAAGUUACGUUCCUUUAGCAUUGUACUUAGCUUCUGACACAUUUCUGGAACAUCGUAGUCGAGACGUUCGCCUUCUUGUCGCUUGCUGCAUUGCUGAUGUCUUUCGCAUUUAUGCUCCUGAAGCUCCGUACAGGGAGCCUACCCAGUUGAAGGCAGUUUUUGAAUUCCUGAUUGAUCAGCUGAAAGGAUUGAAAGAUCCUAAAGAUCCUUCCUUCAAGCGAUAUUUUUAUUUGCUUGAGAAUUUCUCAUGCGUGCAUACUUUUAAUCUUUGUGUUGAGUUAGAAGAUAAUCAGAAAAUUAUGUGUCAUCUUUUUAAGCUGAUGUUCAAAAUUAUAAAUGAAGGUCAUACAACUAAGGUGAAAAGAUUUAUGUUAGACACACUAAGCCCAGUCAUUGGUGAAGCUGAUAUAAUCUCCCAGGAAUUUUUGGACAUUAUCCUCAGCCAGAUCAUUGAACCUAUUAAAUCUCAAAACAAGGAUGCCUGUGCUCUAGCUCAAGACAUAUUGAAACGAAACGUUGCUACACUUGAGCCUUAUGUUCAAGCAUUUUUUAAUAAUGCUUUGCUUUUGGGAAAAACACUAGAAAGCAGCCUAGCUCAACAUUUAUAUGAGCUAAUGUAUGAGUUGAAUGUCAUCUGUCCCACUAUGCUAGUUGUCGUGUUGCCACAACUGGAGUUCAAAUUAAAGAGUAAUGAAGAAAGUGAACGAAGGGAUGUCAUUAAAGUUCUUACUCGAAUGUUCUCUGAUAAAAAUUCUACUAUGAUAGAACAGCAUGAGACACUCUGGAAUUGCUUACUUUCAAGAUUUUCUGAUAUCAGCCCCCAAAUUAGGAUAUUAUGUGUUCAGCAAGUUAAAAAUUUUCUCCUUAAUCAUCCUGAGUCGAAGAAGGACAUUACAGAACAGCUACGUCAUAGAUACCGUGACACUGAUGAAAAUGUGCGUUAUGAAGUUGUUGUUGCCAUAAUAAGUGCUGCAAAAGAGGACUUAAAUUGUGUAAAUGAAGAAAUGCUUAGCUUUGUUAAGGAAAGAACUUUGGACAAAAAAUUUAAGAUACGGAAAGAAGCACUUUUGGGCUUAUCUUUGAUAUGCAAACAACUUGUUUCAGUAUUUUCUGAAGUAUCAAAGGAAGAUUCGAAAUUUAUUUUGUGGGUGAGGAAGAAAGUUCUUCAUGUCUAUUAUCAGACAUCUCUAGAGGACAAGCUCUUAGUGGAACGAAUUUUUCAUUCUUGUCUUGUGCCUUACAGUAAGCCAUUUGAAGAGAGGAUGAAAAUACUAUAUCAGUUAUAUUGUACUGUGGAUGAUAAUGCUGUUAAGGCUUUCAGGGAACUUUUGAAAUGCCAAAGCAGUCUACGAAAUCAAGUCAGAAGUUUGAUAGACUUUAAUAUCAAGGACAAAAGUGAAAACAAAAAGAAAGUAAUAGCAUCAAAAAUUCUAUUACUUGCAAAGCAUUUUCUAGACCCUAGUAAAGCAAAUGAAUAUCUUUCAAAGUUUUUUAAUGAAUUGGAGACUAAUAUGAGAUUGACCUCUAUGAUGACUGAAAUUCUUGGUGGUAAUCUAUCUUGUUCGGAAGCAGACUACAAAGUGAAAGAAGUGUUAAAAGUGCUUGGACAUCCUGUACAAACAAACUCAUAUUAUGUGAUAAUAAAACAGCUUUUUGAACGCAUUGCUCCUGUGAUGAUUGACAAACAAGGAAUCAAACAUUUAAUAAGUUUCAUUAAGGACUCUUUGUUGGGUGAUGGAGCAAUUGAUGCAGAAUUACACCUUGAGUCAUCAGCACACAGAGGCUUAGAGCUGCUAAUAGUGUUGACAUAUGUGUUUCCAACUGCUUUCAAGGAUUCUCAAAUUUAUAACAGCCUUUUACAGUUCUUGUCAGCAGAUGAUCCACAUGCUGUAGAUCUUACCUUGCAAAUCUUUUUGAAUAUUUCUACUAAUUUAGAGCUUAAUUUUCCUGAUAUUUAUGAAGCACUUCUGCCAAUGCUGCUAAAAUUUGUGGAAACUGGGACAGCAAAGCAAGCUAAACAUGCUGUUCAUUGUAUCCAUCAAAUUGUUCAAGACAAAGAAGAAAUGUUUGGCAAUUUAAUUGAAGUAUGUUCGAUAAGAAUAUUGUAUAAAGUUUUGAAAAAACACAUGAGUUUUGCAUCUAAACACUUCAGAACUGCUCUUGUCUCAUUUGGGCACAUAGCAUAUCUCUGCCAUGAUAUGUUUGCUUCUGAAUUCAAAGCGAUUGCUGCACAAGUAGUGGUGAAGAAUUUACUUAUGCUUGAUCAGGCCACACCUCGUGAUAAGGAUGAAACAUGGGCACCAUUUGAGUCAUUGCCUGAAGAAACUAAGUGUAAAAUUGAAGGAAUGAAGGUGAUGGUGCGUUGGUUGACCGGGUUGAAAGAUAUGGUGCAGCCAUCGAAAUCUACCCUUGUACUCUUCUCCACUAUCAUUCUAAAUAAUGGUGAUUUGAUGGAAAGAGACCAUAAUUCAUUUCUUGAGAAUGCUUGGAUGCGGCUGUCCGCUGCUUGCUGUAUGUUGAAACUGUGCCAAGAACCAUCUUAUAUCAAAGUCAUUAGUGUUGAACAAUUUCAAAUUCUUGCAUAUGUGAUGCAGGAUGACUUGCCAGAAAUCCGGGUACGUUUUGCCUCCAAAAUUCAUAAAGGUCUACUUAGUAUGAAGUUGGGAUUGCAUUUCUUAGCAAUAUUAUCAUUGUGUGGCUUGGAUUCAAGCAAAGAAUUCAAGAAUCAAGUAAAAGAAUACAUUGCUAUUAAUGUGCAGAAAAGACGGGAAUAUAUCAAGCAACGUGUUAUUACUGGUGAGAAAUUGGUUGGCUUUCUACCAGAUUAUGCACUUCCUUUUGCCAUCCACUUACUAGCCCAUGCACCUUUUUUUAAAGUUUAUAAUGAUGUGCCUUCACUAUUGAAAAUAAAAGAAUGCUUGUGGGUAUUGAUGGAGCCUCUGAUCCUGAAAAAUGAUAAUUACAGCUUUAGCUUUUUCAAAAGAUUGCUUGAAAAUAUUAAACAAACGAAAGAUAAACAGGACCCUAAUGACCAAGAGACAAAUAUGCGGUUGUACGCAGUUUGUGACCUUGCUUUAAACCUUAUUAUGUCAAAGACGUCUAAUUUUGUUUUGAAAGAUUUUCCUGCAGAGCCUGUUUUGCCAGCCAAGUUCUUUACUGAAAUGGAUCGGAAUUAUAGUAAUCUGAAAACAUAUCUCCCUCCAGAAUUGAUAUGCACCAAACCUUCGGAUGAUUACCACUGUUUGGUCUUGACAAGUUUUAUAAUACCAGGUUGA